AAUCGCUAGUCAUUUCAUUGCAAGUAGCCUUGUUUCAAGUGACGCCACGAGAUAUGGAGGCACUUCUUUGUCACUGUACAUGCGAAAAAAAUACCUGUAUUUCAAUUGUUUUGUCAAAAUUCUAGGAACGCGUCAAAAUGGAUAGACAAUUGACAGAGGGCGCUCUCGUUAUAUACCAUUAUGUGACGUCACAGUGGCGCGUUUGUUGAAUGUUCUUGGGGACACGUGCGCGUUCCACGCGGUGCGUUUUUGUUUUGUAGCAACACAAAUCAGACCCCUCACAGGUUUACGUGAGAACGGACGCUCUUUUUAGCACUCGCAGCUGUGCGUGUGGAGAAUUUACGAUUCAGCGCAUUUCGCCGAUUUUUGCGACUAACUCUGACUGAGACAUCAGACAGCACUGUAAGAGAUCUCCUUGAAAGAACGCAAGGAACCAUGGAUAUCAAUAUGGUAUUACGUGGGCAAGAAGAGACAUGUGUGGAUUGCGGGUUACCAGUUGGGCUACUUGUUCAACCCUCCACAAGUGAUACCUGCGUGGACUGUGGAUUUUCGUCCGCACGAUGUCCACACUGGAGUUGUCAGACGUCCUUAUGCCCAAAGCCCGGCCCAUCAAAGCAAAGAACCCGAGGCAGUGGGGGUUUGGCCUCCACGCCGUCAAAUACGCCACCACUUCCCCCUCUGAGAUGGCUAGGAGGUGUAAAUGCAAACCCAGCAUCCCCUCCCGCACCAAUUGAAAGUGUACCAUCAACGCCAACACCAACUCCCUCGAUGGCGCUCGCAGCUUCAGGCCAGCUGGCUUCAGCCAUCGCGCCAUCGGCAUUACCGAAUCCGACACACCCACCGGUUCCUCGGUCACCAACACCACCGUUACAGAACCAGCCCCCUCAACAGUGCCAAACACAGCUGCCUUCAGCACCAACAACGCAACCUCUUACAGAUCAGCAGCAACAACAAAUUAUUCAGGAAGCGAUGGCGAAGUUCCAACUCAGCCUGCCAUCGCUGGCCCUUCAGGCUCUGCUGCCGCCACUGGACACGGCGGUUCGGACGGUAGACCCCUACGACUUGGAACUGCCGCCCUGUGGUCAGGUGAUACUGGGCAGUGGUGCCUUCGGCACUGUACGGCUUGAAAUCAUGAACGGUACCGCAGUUGCCGUCAAGUACGUCGGGGUUGCCGAUAGGUUCCCAGCCGAGAGGGAGGCAAGGGCAAUGAGUCUUCUUUCAGGGCAUCCAUCCUUCCCCAUUUUACACGGCAUCGUGGCAGAUAGCCAGAAGCGUGGCCUGGUGAUGGAAUUCAUCGGUGACCAUCACACAUUGAAGUCCCUGACCCUGAACUUUGCUUUGGAGGGAUCACACCGGCUGAAGCUUGCCCCACAGGCCUGGUCCACCGUCGCACUGGAUGUCCUGGACGGUCUGCGAUGCAUGCACGACAGUGGCCUCCUUCAUAACGAUCUCAAAACAGACAACAUCUUGCUGCGUAAUGUCAGGGGCACCUGGCGUGCAUGUAUUAUAGACGUGGGAUUGUGUACUUUGGCGAUUCAUCCCAGGGUAUACCACAUGACUGAGGCACAGAAGGCACAAUGUCGGCAGUAUCACGCGCAUCUAGCCCCGGAGCUGGUGGAGGAUGCAGCGCCUCAGACCCAACUGAGCGACAUCUUUCAGUUGGGUCUGGUGCUGCAUUCUAUCGGGCAUUGGUGCGGUGUGCCGGUACUGGCUCGACUAGGCGAAUGGUGUGUAAAGAGAGACCCACAACAACGGCCCUCAACGGCGGUGAUUCGACUGAUACUCAUGGGCAUCAGGUGACGGUAGACCCUACAAAUUGCAUUAUUCAAAUCCACAAAACACAAUAAAUAAAAAAGAACCCGGAACUGUAUUUUUAAAUUUUAAGCAACAGAUAUUGCCGUCAUUUUGAUAUGGUUGCAUCAGCAAGAACAGGUCAUUGCUUAACAUUCACAGGUGAUACCGGGCAAAGUGAUCACUGCCAUUUAAAACAAAUUUGAGUCAUUUCAGUCAUUCUGGAAUCCAUUUUACCCAAAACAAAACUGCUUGAAGAUGGUAAUAUUUUAGCCAGUAUUUUUUUGUUCAGACGUACAUUUUUUAGGGGUUUAAAUUGUUUGCAAUGUGAGAAAAAUAAAUCAAUUUUAUAUUGACGGGAUUAUAUAUUUUGUAUCAAUAUUUGUAUAAAAACUCAGAAUCUAAACUUGUUUGGCUUAUAGAAUUAGCCAGUAUAGUCGGUGAGAUGUACACUUGCACAAUUGUUUUAAUUUGUUUUAGAUGUAUGUAUAUAAAGUAAUUGCCUUGAUUUUAUAUCGACGUCAUUUUAUAUAUCUAUUUUUUUAAUAUAACUUUAAAUAUAAAAUGAUUGCGAUGUCAGAAAAAUGAAGCAAUUAAUAUUGACGGGAUUAUAUUUCUUUUGUAUACAUGUUUGCAUACAAAUUCAGGAUCUAAAGAAUUUCUUUUGCUAAUAUAAUUAGCCAGUAUAUUCGGUGAGACGUACACUUGCACAAUUUUUAAAAAUUUGUUUGCGAUGUGUGUAUCUAAAUUAUGAAUUGCCUUGAUUUUGUACUGACGUUAUUUUAUGUCUAUUUUUUAAACAUAACUUGACAUAUAAAGCUCCUGCUUCAUUUCUACAAAUGAAGUUAAUAUACGCUUAUGAAUGUUUUAUUUACAAAUUUUAUGAAAAUCUUUUUACCUACAAUAUUGACUGUCGCAAAGCAUUAUGUAGGCCCUUAAA